UCUACAUUUGUCGAUGCUGCGCCUGGCAGUCCCCAUUCGACCUCGUUGGGCCUCCCUUUUCGGAGGGCUCCUAUCAACAGUUUCUUUUCUUUUUUUAGCCCUAAUUCAUGAGUCUAUAGCCCUGUAUGUUUACCGUAACGACUGUGUUUCCCUUGAUACCCAUGUUAACGCCUUCGAUAUUUCGAUGUCGCCUGCUCGAGUCCUCCUCUUGGCCUCGAUAUUCACAGAAAAAACUUUCAUACUCUAAGAAAUGAUCCCAUCAUACACC